GCUGCGGCCGCCGGGCCCCGCCGCUGGGCCGCGGGAUGGCCUUGGUCCCCUACCAGGAGGGCGCGGGCUGGGUAGCGCGGCAGCUGCACAGCCCUUCGGCCACCUACCGCUUCGUCAGCCGCACCAUCCGCAUCAAGCAGGACUGGCGGCGGCUCGGGGUGGCGGCCGUGGUCUGGGAUGCGGCUGUUGUCCUGAGUGCUUAUCUGGAGAUGGGAGGCAUUGAUCUCAGGGAUCGGUCUGUGAUUGAGCUGGGAGCUGGAACUGGAUUGCUGGGAAUAGUGGCCACCUUAUUAGGUGCUCAUGUCACCAUCACAGACAGGGCGGCAGCACUGGAGUUCCUGGAGUCGAAUGUUGAGGCUAACUUACCUUCUGAACUACGUCCGAGAGCUGUGGUGAAGGAACUGACUUGGGGAAGAGACCUGGAUAACUUCCCCUCAGGAGCGUUUGACUUCAUCCUGGGUGCGGACAUCGUUUAUCUGGAGGAAACUUUUGCAGAGCUGCUGCAGACCCUGGAGCACUUGUGCUCAGAGCAAACUGUGAUUCUUCUUUCCUGCCGCAUCCGCUAUGAACGGGAUCACAGAUUCUUGAGGAUGCUGAGAGGCCGUUUCUCUGUAUCUGAGGUCCACUAUGAUUCCAAUAAGGAGGUUCAUAUCUACAGAGCACAGAGGGGUAGUCGCAAGGAUGACUUUUGACUCUGUGCUUUGUUAGUAACCCAUUAAUGCUGUUGAAUCCUCCCCUUAUUUCUACUUGAUAUACUUGUUCCUGAGCAUGUAAUUGCAGUUGUGUUAUUUCACCGGCUUCUUGUUCUGAUGGUCUUGUCUGAUCAUUUGAUCUGAUACAGCAAGGAUUGUACUACUGUUCUGCAUAUAGAAUCUCUGAUUCAUUUCUCAGUAGAGUUGUAUAGGUCUUCCACUGACUUUUUAUCAAAUGUAAUGUUUGAAACUGAUGUAAGUUGCAGAAAUCUCCACACAUCAAAAAAAGUCAUAAAAAGAUUUGUUUAAAAAUCAAACCACACUCAAUUUCUGUGGGAAGCCUAAAAAGAAAUUAGAGUAGGGGUUUUUCCCCAUACCACUUCCUUAACUCUUGAAAAUAGAAGUGGAUAAAAUAUAUAAACUAAGACACCAGCUCUAAAUGCUCUAACACUUCAGCUAUUCUGCAACUUGAAGGUUGUGGUAAAAGAAGCUACUUAAGGGAAAAAGCAACAAAGGCAGCUGCUAUAAAGUGGUUCUGUUGCUGUCACUGCUGAAUUGAAGAGGCACAGGGAAACAAAGAACAGGAUUGGUGUGUGUGUGUGUGAAUCAAUAUUGCAGAGUAAACCAGCUUGGUGUUUUUACCUGACUUGUACGCAUGGAGGCCAUGCCUGCAGUACCAAAGCAGUCGUAGGUCUUGAGUUGUGCCUAACAAGAAACCUUGCUUUCAUACAGCUCAAGGCUCCUUUAAGCAUAUACACAUGUGCAUCUGCCAGAACAUAAAGUGAAACAAGGAGACUCAAACUGUUCUUCAAAUAUCAAAUCAAUCAUUGAUUCACAAAGUACUGUUAAAUCAUGUUCUGUCUGCCUCUGUUUGUGGCACACUGUCUCCAAGAGCUGUUACUUAGGAGCAUAGGGUGCUGCUGUAAAGAUUUUGUAACUGGGGAGUACUUACUUGUAUUACUUGGGAGCAGUGUAGAUGUCUGUGUGCUUUCUGGGCACAGUGUUCUAAGUAAACGAUCUCAUACCUUGAGCGUGUAAAAACACCUCUGUGUUUAUUCCACAAGCUUUCAUGUGAGAAAUGCUGCAACCUGGAAUCUGGCUCACAUCAGCAGCAGACUUCCUUCUUUCUAGUGGUGGAAGAAGGGAUCUGGUGAAAACAAUGGGCCAACAGAAGGUGGCUACGCUUCUAAAUGCAGGAAUUGCUAUAGGACCUUUUUCUUUUGGUGGAUGUGGAACUUAUUUUUUCCAAAGCCCCAGGUUAGGUUCAGGCUUUAAGGAUCUGCCUGUCUUUGUCAGCGGCAACAGCAAACACCAGCAGUUGCUGUGGGCCACAGACAUUAGAAGCUCUUUAUCCCUUCUGCUUCCAUCAAACUUCCAGCUGGCAAAGAUGCAGAGGGUCUGUGGUCCAGAAGUGAUGUGCAGACUGUAAUAUGGAAAUGACACAUUCAUCAUCACAGCUUAUGAAUAAGGCCCGAAGGUCUUGUGCUUCAUCCCUGCUGUGUCUCCCGUGUGUGCAGCUGUUUCUUGCUUGGCUCUAGGCUUGGCCUGCAGAGAGUUGCUGCUCUUAACGCUUACAACAGUAUCCUUAGAAGCCACAUGGUGUCACUAGAACAGUACUUACGCAGCAGGCUGGGGCUUUGCAGUCUGAAACUAGCGUUGAAGUCCCUAUGAGGGAAGGAAGACAGCAGCUUUAAUUAAAACCAGAACAUGGUAUGA